CCUCACAUAAUUUUGACAUUACUUACAUUUCACGUGGUAUGUUUGAAUUAGUAUUUUCAAAAUGGGGAAGAAAACAAAAAUUGGAAAGCAGCGUAAAGAUAAAUAUUAUCAACUUGCAAAAGAAACAGGUUAUAGAUCUCGAGCUGCUUUUAAAUUGAUACAAUUAAAUCGAAAAUUUGAAUUUUUACAAAAAUCUCGAGUAUGUAUCGAUUUAUGUGCGGCACCUGGAGGAUGGAUGCAAGUUGCACGACAAAAUAUGCCUGUAUCAAGUAUUGUAGUCGGUGUCGAUUUAUUUCCAAUAAAACCAGUUCCUGGCUGUAUUGGUUUAGUUGAAGACAUCACCACCGAAAAAUGUCGCGUUGCACUUACAAAAGAAUUACAAACAUGGAAAGCUGAUGUAGUUUUAAACGAUGGUGCACCAAAUGUCGGUAAAAAUUGGUUACAUGAUGCCUAUCAACAAGCGUGUUUAACGCUAAGUGCAUUAAAAUUGGCUACACAAUUUUUACGACCUGGUGGAUGGUUUGUAACGAAAGUAUUUCGUUCAAAAGAUUAUCAUCCAUUAAUUUGGGUGUUGAAACAAUUUUUCAAAAAAGUUCAUGCAACAAAACCGCAAGCAUCUAGAAAUGAAUCAGCUGAAAUAUUCGUUGUAUGCCAAUAUUAUAUUGCACCAGAUAAAAUUGAUCCAAAAUUUUUGGAUCAUAAAUAUGUAUUUUCUGAAUUAGAAAUUGAAUCUGGUAAUAAAUUAAAUGUUUAUCAUCCUGAAAAACAAAAGAAAGCAAAGGCAGAAGGUUAUCCAGAAAAUGAUUAUACUUUAUAUCAUAAACUGCCUGUUUUCGAUUUCAUUUCGAGCGAUAGUGCAGUUGAAGCUCUACAACAUGCUUCUGAGAUUGUUAUUGAUGAUGAAAAAAUAUUAAAUCAUCCAAGCACAACAAAUGAAAUUAAAGAAUGCUGUAAAGAUAUUAAAGUUCUUGGAAGGAAAGAUUUACGAUUAUUGUUAGCAUGGUGGAAACAAAUGAGAGAAUUAAAACAAAUUAAAUCCGAAGACGAUGUUAAAGAUGAAGAAGAUGUCAAAGAUGAAAAAGACGAUAAAAUUAGUAUAAAACCUUUAACGAUUGACGAACAAGAGGAUAAAGAAUUCGACGAAAUUCAACAACAAAUAACUGAAUUAAAAGCUGAAGAAUUACGUGAAUUAAAACGUAAAAAGAAACGUACACACAAAGAACGUUUAAAAUUAAAUGAAAAAUUAAAUUUAAAAAUGAUAUUAAAAGAUGAUGAAGGUCCAACGUUACAAAGUGAUGAAAUGUUUAAAUUAAAAGAAGUUGAAACAGCCGUGCAAUUAAAUAAAAUUGUUGAACAAACACCAGAUAUUGUAGCUGAAUCAUCCGAUGAGGAAGAUAAUAAUCCAAAGAAAAAAUUUGUUGCGUAUGAUAAAGAUGGUGAUUCACAUUUAGAUAGUUCUGGUUUAUAUUAUAGAGAUUCUGAUAGUGAAAUUGAAAUGGAAGAUGAUAAUGAUUCAGAUGAUGAGAAAGAAGGCUUAGGUUUAAGUGAUAACGAAGAACAUAGCGAUACAGAAAAAGUUGAAAAAUCAUCAAAAAAGAAAAAUAAAAAUCCUCUACUGACAGACUUAGAUUAUCGUGAUAAAUCAAUAAAACGUGCACAAAAGGCAGAGAUGUGGCUACAACGUGAUGCAUUAAAAAAUUUAAUGAAUGAAGAUGAUGAAGACUUUGAAUUAGAUAAAAUGAUUGAACAUUAUAAAAAAGAAGGUCAAACUAUACUUGGUGAAAAAACUGAAAAAAAUACACAAACAAUGAGUAAACGUGAAAGAAAGAAAAAACGAAGGAAAUUAGCUAGUGAUGGAGAAAGUGAUUCAGAUAGUGAUUCUGAAAGUGAUUAUGAUGUGGAAGAAGAAAUGGCUCAAGAUACUGGUAAAAAAAAUGUUAAACAAGUGAAUGGGAAAGGUGAUGGUUUUGAAGUUGUGAAAAAAGGUAAUAAAAAAUUGAAAUUGAAUGAAGAAGGUUUAGCAUUGGGUACGUUAAUGGUACAAAGUAAAAAAAUGAAACGGGAUUUAAUUGAUGCCGCUUGGAAUAGAUAUACAUUUAAUGAUGAUCAUUUACCGGAUUGGUUUGUUGAAGAUGAGAAAAAACAUAUGAAAAAAGAAGCACCAGUUCCAAAGGAAUUGGUUGACCAAUACAAAAAACAAGUUGAAGAUUUGAAUGUACGACCAAUUAAAAAAAUUGUUGAAGCUAAAGCAAGAAAGAAGAAGAGGGCAAUUCGUAAAUUAGAAAAGGCAAAGAAGAAGGUUGAAGCAUUAAUGGAUAACGUUGAUGUAACUGAUAGAGAGAAAGCAAAACAAAUUAGACAGCUCUAUAAGAAAGCAAAAGCAAAUCCGAAAAAGGAAAUUACUUAUGUAGUAGCUAAAAAACAUAUGUCUGCUAGAAAAAUAAGUAGACCAGCAGGUGUGAAAGGUAUAUAUAAAGUUGUUGAUCCAAGAAUGAAGAAAGAUUUACGUGCACAGAAAGCGAAAGAAAAAACUAAAGGUCGUGGUAAAAAACACGGUAAAAAUAAUGGAAGACCAACAAAAUCUAAAGGGAAUAAAGCUAAAAAUUAA